CGUUUAUCUUAUUCAUUAUGAUUGCUGUCAUUCUUGAGAUUUUAAUCGCAUUGUUAUUUCCGCCCGCCGCAGUAGCCAUGAUCACUGGCUGUGGACCUGACCUGUGUAUUAACAUAUGUUUAACCAUUCUUGGCUAUUUACCUGGUCACGUCCACGCCUUUUGGAUUAUAUGGCGUAAGUAUGAUGCGGAAGAGAGAGCGGGAUACCAUCGAGGAUUUCCAGGACGCAACUACGGUUCUCUCGAAAGACAGCCACAACCUCGCCAGCAGCAGGCAAAUUAUCAGGCCCCUCCUCCACCACAACAACAAAACCCUGUCGCACCUCCUCCUCAAAACCAGCCAGUGUAUGAUAACAAGCCUCCAGCUUAUUCCAAGAACUGAACGGAAGGAUAAUAUGCCAUAAUAUCUAAAUAAGUGAAAGUCAAUAAACAAGGUUCUACAUGGAAGUUUAAGAACAUUUCUAUUUCAUGAUCCAUUGAUGUACAAAUGUGGUAGCCGGUUUCUAAAAGACCGGCAAGGGAACGGGCAAAAGAAAAACUAACAGCCAUCCAAGGGGGUAUUUUCAU